CAUUGUUUGAGCAAAUAAUGUGGAGUAUUUCUGUUGCAGUCGUAAUUUUUUUGAUGUAUAUAUUUGACGACUUCGACGCAGCGAGCUGCCGUUAAUCAGUGCGUUCUUUUCUCUCCGAUCGAAUUUCUCUUUGAUUUUCAAAGCUUGAUGAACUGCGAAAUCUGCCAACUCAAAGAACUCGAUGUUGAGCACUUUGAGAUACACGAAGUUCUUCGUUGUAAGAUUUUGCACACUAUUUUGUUCCACAGAGCUUUAGGGCUUGUGCGCCCAAAAGACAUUGAUUUGGAACUUUUCGAGAUUACAUAUGUGCAAUGUGGUGAUGUCGAACUUGAGAGGAAAGUAGAUGAGAAGAUUGACCAAUUCCUAGACAGGGUGGACAAGCACCCGAAUAAGAAAAAUCAGAUAUGUUUGUCCUUCUAUGAGGUAAAAAACAAACAGCCUACAUGGUUCACUAAUAAAGUUGAACGCCUUUACUGGGAACAGUGGUACAUAAACUUGAAUGUGGCACCGCAUCAGAAAGGACAUUCUGGAAAGUCCACCUCUUCCAAAAUAGUAGUCGAUCCUGAAGCUGAGGAAAGGACUGUUCGCCGUGCGGCACUAGAAGCUUCACUUCGUGAUGUUCUGUUCCAGAUAAUUAGAUUUGUGAAUGAAAAGAAGGAUCACAUUCCUCCAAUACCAAACCUUGAAGGCGUUUCAUUCCCCUAUGAAAUUACUAUCUCAAGUUCGUCAGAUUCUGCAUUUGGAAUGGAAAUGUUCAAGAGGAUGCUCCAAACCGGGCAUCCUACGAUGCUCAGCUGACUUGCGCUAGCUGCUAUUUUUCGUCUCCAGCUCUCCGUUAUGUACUUGUAAUGCUGCCUGUGAAUAUUUUAUGCUAAAUUAUGUAAAUUGAGCUCUAACUUACAGCCAAUUAUAUGAAUUUAUGUACUUGGAAUGGAUAUGCUGUGAAUACAUUCAUUGUAUGGAGCUCUAUUUUACAGCCACAUCGAAUUUGGUGCUCUAUGGAAGCACGGCGAUUGUGUACAUAUAUCAAUUAUGUAAUUAUUCUUUAUACGAAUUUUUAUUCUGA